UCUGUGAGAAUUUCGUGCUUGACAUCUCCCUACCAGACAUGGACCCCAACUGUGACUGCGUGAGCAGUGGCUCUUGCAACUGUGCAGGCUCCUGCAAAUGCGAAUCCUGCCGAUGCACCUCCUGCAAGAAAAGCUGCUGCUCCUGCUGCCCAGCAGGAUGUGCCAAGUAUUCCCAGGGCGGUGUCUGUAAAACCCCCCAGACUGAGAGUUGCAGCUGCUGUCACUGA